CUCGGUCGGUACUCGCGGUUGAUUUCAUAUACGCACGGAGACUCGCUGACUCGACAUCGCAAGUGUACAGCCAUAUAUCAGUGCUCUAUAUAUAGAUAUAUUAUACGUGUAUGUACACGCACACAACACUGUACAUAUGCUCGCAGAUACGCGCACGCGAUACGUAGGAGGGUGUUCUAGGUUAUGUUUACUAUUGAAAACAUUGGCCUGCAGUCUAAAAGUCUGGCUCGGAGAGUCGCGGAUGUUGAGCUCUGAAAACACCAGUGGAAAAGUGACCUUUGCUCGACCAGCUGAAGAGAAAAUAUGGCGUUUUUCAGCUGCAGCUUACUCUUGACGCACUGCACCAGAAGGAAGUACUGCGAGGUUUACAGGAAUAUCUCGGGAGCAGCUCGUUGACAUGUCAGAAGCUCCAGUUUAUUGUGUAAUAAUUAGUUAAUACUAAAGUGCCACCAUGGAUUGUUCGGAAAACGAGAAACCAACAGUUCUCGAAGCAGAUACUGUGUAUCUGCUGAUGAAGAAGGGUUUUCCCAUAUCUCGCAAUGUCAGAGCACAAUGGGUACUGCAGCACUUGGAUACUGUCAUUGCAGUACAAAAUCCUGCCUUGGAUUGCGAGGAAUCGCCAGACUUGGAAAUAGUCUCUGUACUUCCCAAGGAUGGCAUUGAUUCAUGGUGUCCAGAAAACAGCUAUCAAUUUCUUUACAAAGUGACUUCGUCAACCACAAUCAAAUUUCUUGCUCAUAGAUACAGAAUGGUUUUUAGUUUAGACUUAAGUCCUUCUCUUGCCGCAGUUGAUAUUCAACAUGGGGAAAUAGUUAUUGAUGAAGUUUUUACGUCUACAAAGCGAUUCCUUGAAGGCCUAACAAGACCAUUUGUUGUCCCUGGAAGCAAAAGAGUAAUUCAUCCAGAGAUUUACGUAACUGUGAUAGUUCAUACACCUUUUUUUACAAAUCCAGCCCAGCAAGUGUUAGUUCAAGGUUGGCUAGUCACUAAGGAGAAUGUUGCUAGUUUAAUGCAAACUAUAGAAACCCAAUUGAAUUUAUUGGAAGAAAAAGUUGCUCAAGUUACAAGUUUAGUCAAUUUACAAUUAGAAACCCUGAGGGCAGAGAGUGAGAGAUUAGUGGGUGGGCUUUUUGAAGAAGGUGGUACAAGUAUUGGCAAAAGUAAUUUGAACAACAAUGUGUCCACGAUUGCCAUGGUUCUACCAGAAACUGGAUUUGUUAAUAUGUUACGUUAUGGAAUGUUAGCGCUGUCUCUCUUACCAGAGCAUAGCUGUGCUCACUUAGUCAUAGUUACGGAUGGAAUUGUUGGAGUCAAUGAUGUUCAUGCAUUAGAAUCAAUAAUUCAACAAUUAAGGGCAACAACAGUUGCUUGUAGCUUUUUACAUGUUGGAAGCUCGUAUCGUCCUAAUAGUGCAAAUGGAUUAGUGCCAUAUCCAGAUUUAUUAAGAUUUUUUGCAACUGCGACCUUGGGUAGUUAUAUGACUGUAUUUCCUGCAACGGUUGCUACUGAAGAGAUGGACAUGAAUAAGUAUCAUAUAGAAUUGCUGUGUUGGCAACUUUAUCGAACUAAUCAUGCAGAAGUCGCGAGUGUGGGUCCAAAUGCAUGGCAUACAAAAAAUAGUUUAUUUUAUGGUCAUGAGCCUCCUCAGCUUCUCAGGAAAAAACAGAUCGACGAUCAAGUCACUUGCACCCUAAACAGUCUUCUGUGUUGUAGGUUGCGUGAAGGAUAUUUAAUUAAGAAGACGGCCAUACGCGAUGGCUGCUUAGAAAUAUGUUUCGUGCUACCAUGGAAAACUCACGUUUACGUAGAGUACGUGGUGACGUGUCCCAGGUUUUUGAAGUCUCUUUCAGUUUGUAAUACACUUCAGUACACAAUCACAAUAGAGGCGCCAUACGAAUUUUUGCAUGACAUAACGUGUUUAUCAAAAAAACCGUUAAAGUCGCAGUACAGACAAAACAUGGUAUCAAGAUUUUGGUCUGCGCUGACGUCGUUGACCGAAAGUGACAGUAUGCUGGUGCAUUUCAGUUGGUUUCCAGGAAUGGGAUGGACCUGGUACAAUGUUCCGGAUACGAUCAGAAGCGGUAUGCCGUUAUUUUAUCUACCCACAUCGUCGUCUAGUUCCAUCCAGCUCAGUGAUGCAGCGUGUCCACAAUUCGGGCAGAUCUGGCAGCCAGUUGUCUCACUGGAACCUCAUCAAUGGCCUCGAUGGCUACACUCUCAGCGUGUCACGCUCAUCCUCCUUCACGACAGACCACUCUCUAAGCAUCUGCACCAAGCGAAUCAAAGUGGUCGGUUUCAGAGCGUGCAAUACCGUCAGGCUGCAGCUGUUCUCUACGGCAUGCUCAAGACGUGGGCGACCUUUGUCCUGGUGGAAAAUCACACCUACGUGCAAUUUAUUCACAAAGAAGCAGACAAGCCUCCGAUCUCCUUUUCACUCAUAAACAUUAGCUGCAAAGCUCUGUGCGUCGUUCUAAAUGUGGCCUUCGCUGGUGGCACCGAGGGUGUCGUUCGUCACAACGUCAUGACCGACCUGCUAGAGCGAUUGUCACAGCUCACGCUUCCAAGUAGGAGAACCGAGCAGAGGGAGGUACCUUGCUGCAUUAUCCUGCACAAAGCACUAGAGAAAAUAUUGAUAAGGUACGAGAGGAUGCCGAUCGAUUUGAGUACCGUCAUCUUUCCCGACGGUUCUCAAAUAAUCUCCAGGAACGCAUCGAUCGCUGGGGGCAGUCUGACCACUACCCUCAGCAGAUAUCUAUAUCAUGCGAGAUGGCUGUGGCUCCUGAAAAAACCCUCGUUGCAGACGGUACCCGUGAUUACAUUACCGAGACUGAACGUUGCCGCGGUAGCUAGGAUUUUAUCUACUAUUACAAAAAUUCGAUUAGCAGAGGGUUUCAACUUUGCCUACUCUGCUGCCGGCAUAAUAAAUACUGUGAUGGAAGUACAAAUGAAAGGGCCUGGGAGCGACGAUAUAUCAUAUCCUUGUAUAGUACAAUAUAUUUUAUUCCCUCCACACGUAAUUGUGGGCCCAGGAGGACUAGAAAAAGAAAGUGGAUCUGAUGAGGAAACCGAUGAAGGUACCGCCGAUGGAGAAAACGGCAUCGAAGAUACCGAAACUUCUGGAGAUUUUCAAAUAGUCAUGGAGGUCUGGAUCGAACCCCAGUGCGGAUAUGUGCAGACUACUGCGGCCAAGAAGGCUGCUUACAUGCAUUUUCUCGAAUACCAUCAACUUCCUGAAGCGAUAUCGAAAAUCGACAAGGAAUGCAUCAACGCUCUACUGACGCUGGAGCACCUGAGUAUGAUGUGCCAAGUGUCGCCGCUCGAUAAGAGCCACGACUUACCAGGUAACCAGCAGCAGCUGCAGUCCAGCGGUUUACCCACGAAUCAGACGUCCAACAACAACAACAAUAACAACAAUGGUCUUAACCACGGAAAAACGUCGAGGAGACCAACGUACGCGGACAUCUUGGAGAAUCCCCUCGUCGACGAUCGUAUUCGCCCGAUGCAGUUCGACUUUGACGCGCUUGGCAUACUUCCGAAAUGCCAACAGGCCGAGCUCCUGUUCUCCAUGUUUGCCGAUGAUUACCACGACCAACUGCACGGUGACAAUAACGCCAACAGAAUUUUGAUGGACGGUCUGCUAAACCACAUAAAAAGUUUGCACAACAAAGAGCUGAUACUGAGCGCGGCCGAGUCGGACAGGUUCACCAAGAUGCUCUUGGAGAGACCGAGAGAAGACGGGGCGAGACCUCAGUUCUGUCACUACGAAACCUCGCUGCUGGGCAGUAAAGGGGUACUCUACCCGCGAUGGAGGUGCUUCAUCAAGGGCAUAAGCGUGACGCACGUGAUAGUGACGCUUUUGCCGGCGGCCGAGAGCGACGUCCAGCUGAUGAGCCAUCCUGACGAGGACGUCGAUCGGCACGUGCUAACGACGCCAGUUUUCUCCCAGCAGCCGGACGAGUCGACGAGCGAGCACAUCGAGUACAAGCAGCUCUACGGCGACGCCGAGACCUCGCAGUCCGGCGACACGUCGCCCGUUCAACGGAAUCGCGCCGAGACCGCGGAGAGCACCGACAUGGAGUACCUGAAAAACGCGCUGGCUUUCAGCACACCCAAGGCAACGGACAUGUUCGACAAAACUCCGGUGACGGCCUCUGCAUCGGCUGACGGUACCUCGAGGCGCGGACUGGUGCUGCCGGUCUACGUGUACGACUGCUCGCUGGCUCUGCUCAUAGACGCGCUCAUCGAGAAACACGAGAAGCCGAGGUUCAAGGACAUCUAUCGCGAUCACACCUACAGGGUGUCCGAUAAUUUCCGCGAGGAGUUCGUCAAUCUCAAGUCCGGAGACAACACCAAACCCUCCUCGCCGGAACCCAAGAGCGAAGACUCCGACAACGUUUCCAGCGAUCAGCGAAACCUGAUGGAGCACUGUAAGGUCCUGAGCCUCGCGCACUGUAACUCGUACGUCGUGGCGGUCUACAAGUCCCUGAUCCUGCAGCAGUCGAUCAGCUACGACGACAUAGACGCUGCCGUCGAGCAGUGCGAAGAGUUUCUCAUGGAGAUCAACAUCACCGACUACCUCAAAGCCGUCUGCCGUCACCUCAGCCCCCAAGAUGAACACGACGCCGAGUCGCCUUGCAGCGAGAUGCGGAACAUUCACAAUCUCAUCAAGGACAAGUUUAGGAAGAUCAUUAACGUUGCCUUCAAGCAAGUGCCUGUCCACCCGGACUUUUACUACUGCCUACCGGCCUGGAAGUCGUGCGACGAAUUGGCUGACGCUGCGACCCAAGCCUCCUCCGAUAGCGACGACGAUGUACGAUUUACCUUCAAUUCGGAAGCCAUCAAUGGAAAAAUAGGCAACUCACUGAAAAAAGUCAAUCAUAUUUCCUCGAUGCCGUGGACCGGGGGUAGCCUGAUAGGGCAUGAGCGCUUCGUGCUAUCGGAAUGUUCGGAUUCUGCGGAUUCCUUCGGUAGCGAUCUGCAGACGGAUCCGGAACACAGUCGCGAGCAGCCUCUCUUCCUUCAACUGAACUGUUCGAUACACUCCAAGUCGAGUUUUUCGACCACUGCCGUCAAACUUCUGCCUACCUGCUUCACCGAGGUCACCCAAAAACUCGAGGAUUUUAACCUAAAGGACACAUCCAGCUUGAAGGUGACUCUUGACAUAAUCUGUCUGAACUUGCCGAAGGAUGUCCUCGAGGUAAGCAUCGACAAUACACCCGCUGGCUUGAGAACCACGUCGUACUGCAGCGAGGGAAGUAUGACGCGCGCCGACACCAACGAGUCCAGCUUCGAUCGACUGCAAUCGGUAGAGGCCGAUCAUAUUUACGAUGGAUUGAAUAAAAUGCCACGCCAUCAGGGCAACGCCGUGUCAAACCUUGUCGAUGAGAUUAAUUGGUUACUGAGGGACGAGACCGCGGCUGUCCUACUAGAUAAACCUUCGCCAACCGAGGAUACGCUAAAUUUCGUUGCUAAACACGUUGCUGAGUCGAACAACAGAGCCAGCUGCUACCUCGACAAGGUGCCUUUACACUUUGUCUUCUCCUCUGACAAUAGCUUGCCGAGAUUUGUCGAAGAGCUGAAAAAGCUCAAGAUUGAUCGGUAUUGCAUCAAACAGGAGGGUGGCUUCUUUUACUUUGUAAAAAAUUCAACCGAUGAGAUGGCUUCGGAUGCCGACCGAGUAUCUUUGAGUGAUUUCCAUACUAAACAAGACCGUAAAGGGUUUGAGCUCAAUAGUUCUUCAGUCUUUAACAGCGAUGACUUUCCCAUUGCAACGUCCUCCCGGGUAAAGAAACAGGAUUCGGGCGACCCUCCAGGCUGCCAUUCGGAAAUUUCAAGCAUCGGCGAUAAUCAGAUCGGUACGGAUGAUGGUUAUGAGGGUGAUAGCAGUGACUCUGAGGACGAAUGCCAAUGGCUCAUCGACCUCGACCGCCGUAGAGAACUACUGCCUAACUUCUGGCUGAUUCUGCAUGUCGAAAACAACCAUGUAAACGUCUACUUUCACUGCCGUUUCCUCGAACUGACCUCACCUGAAGUUGACCGCUACCAGCAAGUGCAGAAGACGGCGGUGGCACGGAUAAAGGCAAUCUGUCGACGUGUCAACCAGUACCUGUUGUUACGAGAUUUGCACGAUAAACGCAUAUGUGACCCACUUCUUGAACCUGAAUCUAUCGAAGACCAUUCGUGGAAGAGCGCAGAAAACAACGCUGAUUCAUCAGCAUCUGCUACACAUAAUCAGAGUACAAGCAAUAGUUCAGUUACAAGAUCAAACGUGUCUCCUGGCAUGUUCCGAUGUCCAAUAGUAUGGGAAGUUCCAUUUUGCCUACACCACCGUCUGAAAACUGGUCCCGGAAAGACGGGCCUGUCCCGCGGAAUCAAAGCUCUACAAGCAGUGCUCAAUCGCUUUUCCGUAAAUAAUCGUAGCAACAUGUUUGUCUAUCAAGAGAGCAACGGCAACGUGUUUUACCUGCGUCUUCACGAGCGCACGAGCGACGAUAGACCGCUUCAGAGCAGCAAACUUUCGGAGAGUGAUGAAAAGCUUAUAGUAUCGCGAAGUAGCAGCAUUGCCUCUUUGUCGCAAGCCAAGAGUCUUGGCGUCUCAGUAGAUCUAAAUUCAUCAUCGUCAACCUCAACAAUGGAUUUGUUGAGACCACGAGUUCGAUCCUUCGGCGAAAGAGAAUCAGACAUACUUAACAAGUCUGGAGAUUCGAUCGUCUUAAUGGUGCACGGAAUAUCAGAAGCAGGUCCAGAAGUCAGAUAUGAACUCGUUCAAGUUUUACAAAAUCGUCUCGAUGACGCCGUUCUGGAAGUUUUGUCUGUUAUGUUAGCGAGAAAUCCAAUGUGUAAACUCACUCCAUCAGACGUACACUUUAUUCAAAGACAAUACCGAGUUCCCGAGAGCGUCAUUCGAUUGUCAGUACAACAGCGCUGCUUACGACAUAUGGGUGCUCUCGGCUACUACCUUCGUCAAAAUAUACUGCAAUUUCUCUACACACCUAAGUACACUGAUACAAGAGCUCACUCGCACUUUCAAGAUUACUCGCAGCAAGAUGGGUCGAACAAAAGAGUUCCCGAAAGUGAUAUCUUUCUAUACAACCAAAGCCAUUCUAGUGGCAGCCGAGGAAUAGCGUGUAUAGCUAUUGCCAUUGUAAAUGAAAAGGGCGACAUUAUUGUCACCGAAAACGAGAAUGUUUUUGACUCAAUGUUCCCGAGUUGUCCAGAAAUUAAAGACUUCGAAGAUAUCGUUGCAACUAAUGUCUAUUGGGGACUUAAUUGUGAAAAAAAUGAUUCGAAGUCAGGUACAAAAGCUUACAUUGAAUUUCGUAUAUGGAAACAAGGACGAGUAAAUUUAGAAGCUCUGGUACAUAAACUAAAAGCUGCUGUGAAACACGCAAAUUGGGACUUAAUUACUGAGUAUAACUUCCUACCAACACCAUUGACUGAAUCGUUUAACGAUGAAAAUGAUACGGAUGAUCAUAACAUAAGGAACGAUCCGUCGGAAUUGAAUAGUUACGAAUUGGGAGAGAAAGGAAAACUUAAGGAAGUCUAUCACACUACACUACCGUAUUGGUUUCAAUUUGCUUUAGAUCUCGCAGCUCCAUCAAUGAAGAAACAUAUCGUUAAAUUAGAGCGAAGACACUCGUUGCCGGUGAUUCUCAAGGAGUUGCAGAAUCUGGUGCACAGUCAUGCAUUGGAUACAACAGCGCGCACAUUUGUUCAAUGGAGCAGACAACCAUUCAUCGGUACAGAUUCGACACAGGAUGAUUUACUGCUUAGCAAAACUAUUGAGAACGUCGAAGGAAGCAUCAAAUGGUUACAAAAAGCUAUUGAACAAAAAACUGCGGACGAUUUAAUAUUUCUGCCACGCGAUGCGACAAAAGAAGAUCAGGGAACGUAUGUAAGAAGUAUUUUGAUCGCACGAAAUUUCAAUCAAUGGAAAGCAUCAUUUAGUAGUACUAUUUUGUCUGAACAACUUAUCCCUAAAGAUCAAAAAUUACUUCAAAAAUUCAACCCCUUAAUUUUGGAAAAGACUUUUGUACCGAGACAAAGGCUACUUCUGGCUAAGGUUCAAAGCGAACAUAUUCUUCUCUACAUGUACAAUUGGUCAAAGGAGCGCUCUGAAAAAUUGAUAAAGCAAGUAUCCAGCUUGGGUCUGUGGUUAUCAUCGAGAUCCAACCUUUAUUCUAAUAUAAUAAUGCAAAAGUUAGGAAUAUUUCACCACCAGCCAGUUAGAAAUUACGAACAAGAAGAACAGACUGGUCAGCAAUUCUAUCAAAUAACAGACAUGGAAAGUCUAUCUAAAUUUCCAAAUGGUACUCAAGCUGACAGUAAGGAAUGGCAAAGAGUUAAUCUUCGAGGUCAAUCAGGCAAAAAUAUGGUGUUCUCUUGGAAUCAACUGAUGGGACAAGUAAUGCGCGAUGCCAAACCAAGUGGACAGUAUCCAGCCAAUACUACUGAUCCGGUUGUUAAAGCUGCCUACGACUUUCAAGAACUCCGGCAUAAGGAAAAAAAAUCGAAAGAUGACUUGAACAAAUUGCACACAAUGUGGCAGAGUCGCGGUGCUGUUCCUAAUAUUCCAAUCUCCGUAGCGACCUUGAAUACCUUCAAGCAGCAUUCACGACUCAUACAUUACUGCCACACGCCCUUGCUAUUUCUACCAAGUUGGCGCUUGGAAUCGGCAGCAACGCGAGAUCACUCUUUGACACCGCCCCCCUUUAAUUUGGCUGUAAAUUCUCAACAAAGGUCGAGAACCACCAGCGAUGCGUCUAACAAAAGAAUCAUAUCAAAAUGGCACAAAGAAAUAUGUGAACUGAUGCUUGCCGAGUACAAACAAUAUUUGCAAGUACUCGGUUUCAAUCCGAUUCAGAUAGAAACGCAAAAUAAAACGGACGGUGAAAAUAUUCUCAAUCAAGCCUUUUACCUAAAAAAAUCCAUGCUUGGCGGAGUUCUCCUGUUCGAAAUACAUUUAGCGGAGCCAUUUUUUGUUGUUAAAUUGAGGGUCAUCGAAUGUAGCCGUUUACAAGCUAAAUCUAGCAGUGCCUUAGUCAAUCAGUUUAUGCUGAGUUUUGUGGAUGCCUGUGAUAAAAUAAAAAUAAGUAUGCAUUUACAUUCCUUCACCUACGACUUUCAUUUGCGAUGCAUUCACUCCUACAUAUCCGGAAACUGUCAUUGGUCUCUGAGGCACGGUUAUCAUCUCACAAACUUCUUAGACGAUUUUAACAAAUACUACAGUAAAGCUCCUAACUACGCAAGAAAUUUAAUCUACAGUGGCGUAGUAACGGUGAGCAAUCUGGUUACACCCGCGCAAACCUUAUACCAGUACUUGCUCUCGCAUGAAAAAACCUACGGUAUGCAAGUAUUCUCUAUGGCCGAUGAAACAGACGACACGCAACACAGCGAAUAUGUACUUGUAAAAUUACAAAGUACUCCCUUAGUGAGUUACCACGAUUCCCAGGAUACCAAGUACACGGAUGACUUCGACGUUGCCCUUAUCGUUACUUGGACCGAACAGUUUGCCCGAUGCGACAGCCGCGAGAUAACGCUCAAAUACUACCUCAUGCUAACCAGUAAACGGGAGUUACAUCCUAAACGCGAGGUUGAAAAUAACAACAAAAUCGGCAAAUUUCGAACAGUCUACAGCGUGGUCAAGUCAAUAGCCAGCUCUCAAAUGGACAGUCCAUCCGAAUCCAGUCCUUCGUCGAUGACUUCGCCUUACCUUCACAAGCAGACUAAGAGCGAGCUGGUUUCUAGCUCUAGCGAUCUGCAUGCUGAGGUGGGCAGCUCCAGAUGGGAUACAAAUGCUGCUGAAUCAUUGGGUUCACUGAGAGAGUGCGAUGGAUUAGACUCGGAAGAUCCAGAGAACGACGUUCGCAGUCCACUGGCUCCGACACCACCUCCAGUACCUGACUCUCCUCUAGCGACCAACGUCCUUAACGCUUCGACAGCCUCCUCCAGUAACUUGACACAAAUCCGCCAAGAAUCGAUCAAUUACCUAGGCUAUUACUCGUCGCACGAGCAGCUAAUGCAGCAACUCAUAAUGUCACAAGCUAGCGCAGCUCAACAGCACAUCAAAAAUAUGAUCGAGCAAGGAGCAUUACACUGUCGCACACACUUACUUUGGAAUCGAUUGCUCGAGAGCCGAUCAUCCAUGACCUACGCCGAAUUCGCAGAGUUACGCUCGUUGGCCUGCGUUGAACCCUUGUCCAGGAUCGACCCGAGGCUGAGCCCUCUCAUCAAUCAGCCGAUCGGCUGGUACCAGGCCCUGGCCAAACUCCUGCAGAAUAAGUACCAAGAAUAUCACAAGCAGUUCAAUGCACCCGAUGGCAACGUCAUGCAUCAUUUAAUACUUCAUCCAAAUUAUGUGCAGGCGUUCAUGAUGCUAACAAUCGAUUUGCACACGUCCAGGGGUGAAUUGUAUGCAGUAUAUAGAAAAUCUGAAGAAAUCACAAGUACGCCAUUUACUAUUGGGGAUAUUUACAGUUUGAUCGAAGACUUUGUUAACGCCUGUUGUUUCCACCUAUGGGUGGGACUUUAUUCUUGAAUACAAAAUUUAUUAUUUUUUGAUUUAAGAAACUCAGACUAUCUUUGUUAUUUGUAUGUUGUUGUAAAUAAUAAAAAACUAUUUUCUUGUUACAAAA